AUUAAAGGAUACAACGUCUCGAGCAAUCUUCAGAACUCCUUCAGCGCCCCCAAUGAAUUCCCACGUUGUAAAAAAGGGAUACAUUUCUGUGAAGGAGGACGGUUUAAGAGCCUGGAUUUGGUCAAAACGAUGGAUGCUACUCAGAGAACAGACCCUCACUUUUCAUCGUAACGAGAAUACUUAUCAAGCCGUUGCAUUGAUUUUCCUCAAAGAGAUUACUAGUGUUCAGCGGACUGAAUUGAAACCUUACUGCUUCGAAAUUCAAACUAAAGACAAAACCUAUUAUCUUUCUUGUAAAAAUGACGAAGAAUUAUACUCAUGGAUGGACGAAAUUUACACGCGAUCACCGCUCAGUGGUGUUUCAAAUCCAACAAACUUUGUACACAACGUACAUGUAGGAUUCGAUCCUGUUAGUGGGUUAUUCACUGGAAUGCCAGAACAAUGGACCAAACUUCUUACAUCAUCAGCUAUCACCAAAGAGGAUUAUGCAAAAAAUCCUCAGGCCGUUCUGGAUGUACUAGAAUUUUACACCGAAAAUCAAAAACGAGAACAAGAAGCAUAUGGACAACAUGGCCUUUUGGGGCCAAUUAGUGGGUUUCCAAACGCAGACGAUAAAUGGGCCGAUCUACUGCCAAAAAACAAUAAUAAUAUGCCCCAGAAGAAUCAACUAUACCCUAGCCCUACUGGCGGAACUAAUGGUUAUGAUAUGUCCAAGAUAUCACCAGUAAACAGCAUAGAUAUGAAUGGCCAACCAAUGCAUGCUAGAACCCAAAGCAAUAUGAUGGAUUUUUCUAGAAAUAAUAACGACUAUCAACCAGUAACUCCACCUAAUCGUCCUCCAAUCACACCAAGACCGUCUCAUACUCUAAUCUCAAACAAUGCGUCAAGUCAGGGUCCAGUAACUCCGAAUCAACCUCCCCAACAAGCUGUACAACUACCUAAACAACAAGCGCCAUCUCAGGCACCAUCUCCAUCUAAACAAUCUGCACCAAAGAAAUCUGCACCUGAAAAAAGAAUCAGUACAAUGACUGAAGCACAGAUUAUGGAAAAGUUAAGAUCUGUAGUUUCUCCUGGAGAUCCUACAGCUUUGUAUAGUAAAAUCAAGAAAGUUGGUCAAGGUGCAUCCGGAUCCGUAUACGUUGCAAAAUCUCUCCAAUCUAACGCUAAGGUCGCUAUAAAGCAAAUGGAUCUUUCGCAUCAACCACGAAAAGAACUUAUUGUCAAUGAAAUUCUUGUGAUGAAAGAAUCCCAACAUCCAAAUAUUGUCAAUUAUCUCGAUUCAUUCUUAGUAAAAAGCAAUGAACUUUGGGUUGUCAUGGAAUAUAUGGAAGGUGGAGCGUUAACGGACGUUAUUGAUAAUAAUACGCUAGAAGAAGAUCAAAUUGCCGCAAUAUGCUUUGAGACAUGUAAAGGUCUUCAACAUCUCCAUGGCCAGAAUAUUAUUCACCGUGAUAUUAAGAGCGAUAACGUUCUGCUGGAUGCAUUCGGCCAUGUUAAAAUAACCGAUUUUGGAUUUUGUGCCAAGUUAACAGACCAAAAGAACAAGCGAGCGACAAUGGUUGGUACUCCAUAUUGGAUGGCGCCUGAAGUUGUAAAACAAAAGGAAUAUGGUGCCAAAGUUGAUAUUUGGUCUCUCGGUAUCAUGGCUAUUGAAAUGAUCGAGAAUGAACCACCAUAUUUAGAUGAAGAACCACUCAAAGCAUUGUAUCUGAUUGCCACAAACGGGACGCCAACUUUGAAAAAGCCCGAAAAAUUAUCACGCGAAUUAAAAAGUUUUCUUGCAGUCUGCCUUUGUGUAGAUGUUAAAAGUAGGGCAACCUCAUUGGAACUCUUGGAACAUGAUUUUCUUAGAAAAGCCUGUCCGUUAUCAGAUCUCGCACCUUUGCUUAAAUUCAAAACCGCUAAGGAUGGCAGGUCAUAA